CCUCACUGUCAGCGUGACUCUAAAGGGGCGGUGCGAGAGUUUUGAUAAAAACAUAGCUAAUUCAGUGUAAAGUACAAUCUUAUAACAAACAAUGAGCACCUCUGAGUCAAAGACUAUUACCGUGAUCGGCAGUGGGCUAAUUGGCCGCUCCUGGGCCAUGGUGUUUGCCAGUGGAGGCUACCGUGUAAAAAUCUAUGACAACCAACCAGGACAGGCUGCAAAGGCCAUGACAGAGAUCAGGAAGCAGCUGGAGGAGCUAGAGGAAGCCUGCAUGCUAAGGGGGGAGCUGACCGCUGCACAGCAGCUUGCCUUGCUCAGCAGUUACGAAGAUUUGGCUCAGGCACUGGAGGGAAGCUUCUUUGUCCAGGAGGCUGUAUUUGAGCAGCUUGAUGUCAAGCAGAGCGUCUUUCAAGAAAUAGAGCGUCAUGUGGGUAAAGACAUCAUUCUGAGCAGCUCCACUUCCUGUUUGGUGCCGAGCAGCGUCUUCUCUAAAGUACAGAUCCCGAGUCGCUGCCUCGUCUCUCAUCCGGUAAACCCACCCUACUAUGUUAAACUGGUAGAGCUGGUACCUCACCCAGAGACAUCGGCAACUGUUAUGGACACCAGCCAUGCUCUAAUGACCAAGGUUGGCCAGGCACCUGUCUGCCUGAAAAAAGAGAUUGAUGGCUUUGCCCUCAACAGAGUCCAGGCUGCUAUAAUUGCAGAGUCAUGGAGACUAGUCCAGGAUGGUGUUAUCUCAGUGAAGGACAUCGACCUGGUGAUGUCAGAGGGACUGGGAAUGCGUUAUGCUUUUAUAGGUCCCAUGGAAACAAUGCACCUCAAUGCACCUGAAGGUUUGGAAGACUAUAUGAAGCGAUAUGGGGAGGGCAUAAGGAGGGUCCUGACUUCCUUUGGACCUGUACCUGACUUCUUUGGUGAAGGGGCCAAAAACAUCAUUAAGGAGAUGUGCAAGCUGAUUCCCAGUGACCAACAGCAUCUGUCGGCCAGGAAGGAGAGGAGAGACCAGCUCCUCAUGCAUCUGGCCAAGCUGAAGAAAGACCACUGAGGUCCUUAGAAACCGGAACAAGGCUGACUGAAUGCCGACUGAAAACAGAAAUCUGUAAAAACCUAAUCUUACUAAUUAUUAUGAGUUAUUAUGAAUGAUCAUUAUAGCUGAUUUUUCUACCAACACAAAAUUUAGAUACAAAAAAUAAAUAAAUAAUCUGAACCUUUGUGAACAUUCAUGCCCUCUGUUUUCCACCAAAACUGUAAAUACACAGUUAGAGUUCACAAUAAGAAUCAGAGAUUAUUGUUCAAAUAUUGCUUUUUGCAAAUCUACAGAAUCUUUUUUGUGGUGAAAAUUAUGUUUGUGACACACAAUGUCAACAAAAUAAAUACAAAAAUGUAAAACAAUGUUUUGAUCAAUAAAAACUGAAAUGAUUUACAUUUGUUCUCAUGUUCACUUUAAUUAAUGGAUUAAAAGGCUGUUUGGAGUCUAGUCUUUACACACUGAAUUAUGAAGUUCCAUAGUAUGUAUUUGUAUGGAGUUCUGUAGUAUUAGAUGGCUCUACGUCUACUUCACCAAAAAAAAUGAAUAAAUGUGCUACGAGAUGGUUACAAGGCAGAAAACAAGGCCUGAGAACAUCACGAGUUUCAAUUGAGUUCAUGCUUUCUGCUGUGUUUCUGCUCAGCUUGUGUGGAAGAUUUCAUUUCAUGGAGAUGUCUAACCAGAGUGACCAUCAUGUCUGUAUCAGCUGAUAAAUCAUAGCAUUACCUCCAACAUUACAGCAAAUAUAAGAGGUAUUGAUAAUAAAGCUUCCUUAAGUGAAUACAUGUAGAGUGUAUGCAAAGACGCCUAACACACUGUCCAUACAGUACACCUCAUGUGAGGGAGGCACCAGAAAUUACAAAUGGAGAAUUAAUUUUAUAUUACUUUGGGAUGACUGGACAAUUACAAAGUUUAAAAACUAGUCUCCAAUUGCCUUUACGUUUGUUUUUUUCAGGUUAGCCAUUUUAAGCUUAAUUAAUGAAUGACUGGGGAAAUAUAUAUCAAUGAUACGUUAAUGUCAGGUUUUUAAUAUAUGAAGCUAGACUGAGCAAGAAUGUCCAUCUAGAAUUUGUAGAGGUACAUAAAAUGGUAAUAGGAAAGAAAAACUCAUGUGGAGAUACAAUUUUGA